AUGGAUACAGAACCAGAGGAGCUCCAGUUCCUGGGGUUUUUUGGCAUCUACAGAGAAGCCUACAAGAUUAUCUGCUCAUGGUCGAAGAUCUUCACCAAGAUCACCUUAUCUCUCAUCCUCCCUCUCUCAUUCAUCUUCUUAGCUCAUAUCCAGAUAUCCGAAUUCCUCUUCGCAAAGAUCCUUCGCAACGAGGACUCCUUAGACACCACCCCAGUUGACAGCCCCAGAUACAACCUCAUCCUCGACCGCCUCUCCUCCGAAUGGACCGCCUUCUGGUUAUUCAAGGCCGCCUACCUCCUCAUCGUCCUCAUCUUCUCCCUCCUCUCGACGUCGGCCGUCGUCUACAUGGUUGCCUGCGUUUACACCGCCAAGGAAAUCACCUUCAGGAAGAUCAUGAGCGUUGUCCCCAAGGUCUGGAAAAGGCUCAUGGUCACCUUCUUGUGGAACUUCAUCAUCGUUUUUGCUUACAACAUGGUCGCGCUGCUAAUCGUCAUCCUGAUUGCCUUCGCUGUCGGACCGGCCGGUGCUGCCGGAGCGGCGGUUCUACUGAUUCUUCUGGUUGUCUACUUGGUUGGGUUGGUUUACAUCACCGUCGUGUGGCACCUGGCGAGCGUGGUAUCUGUGCUGGAAGACAGUUAUGGGAUUCAAGCCAUGAUCAAGAGCAAAGCCUUGAUCAAGGGCAAGAUGUGGGUGGCUGGUGCAAUCGUCCUGUUGUUUAAUCUGGCAUUUUUGUUAAUUCAGAUUGCAUUUGAGAAGCUGGUUGUACAUGGGUGGUCACUGGGUGUGGCGAGCAGAGUUGGGUAUGGAAUCGUCUGUGUCAUGUUGCUCUUCUUCUUGAUUCUCCUGGGUCUGGUCGUCCAAACUGUGAUCUACUUCGUCUGCAAGUCGUAUCACCAUGAGAACAUAGAUAAGUCCUGCUUGGCGGAUCAUCUUGAAGUUUACCUUGGAGAGUAUGUACCUCUCAAGGGGAAGGAUGUCCAGUUGGAGCAAUAUUACGUUUGA